AUGGCGGACGCCAACUCGGAGAGCAUCCAGCAGAAGAUCCAAAUCGCACGGCGAGACGCGGAGGCCCUCAAGGACCGGAUCAAGAGGAAGAAGGAUGAGCUCGCCGAUACCACACUCCGCGAUGUCGCGCGACAACGCACCGAGCAGCUGCCACGCCUGGCGAUGAAGACGAAGCGCACCCUCAAGGGCCAUCUCGCCAAAAUAUACGCUAUGCACUGGUCCACCGACCGAAGACACCUCGUCUCGGCUUCACAAGAUGGCAAGCUCAUCAUCUGGGACGCCUACACCACAAACAAAGUACACGCCAUCCCACUGCGGUCAUCAUGGGUUAUGACUUGCGCGUACUCGCCAAGCGGCAACUACGUCGCAUGCGGUGGUCUAGACAACAUCUGCUCCAUCUACAACCUGUCCGCGAGAGAAGGUCCAACUCGAGUCGCUCGUGAGCUUAGUGGCCACUCUGGCUACCUCAGUUGCUGCCGAUUCAUCAAUGACCGGCGCAUAUUGACGUCUUCUGGUGACAUGACCUGCGUGCUGUGGGAUAUCGAGACCGGCCAGAAGAUUACCGAGUUUGCAGACCACCUGGGCGAUGUGAUGAGUUUGAGCAUCAACCCACUGGAUAACAACCAGUUUGUAUCGGGAGCGUGCGAUGCCUUUGCGAAGCUGUGGGACAUUCGAGCACAGAAGUGCACCCAGACUUUCGCAGCACACGACUCGGAUAUCAACGCCAUCCAAUUCUUCCCCAACGGAAACGCCUUUGGCACUGGAUCAGACGAUGCCUCUUGCCGACUUUUCGACAUUCGCGCAGAUCGUGAGCUGCAGAGCUACACUAUUGGUGAGCCAGUGUGCGGCAUCACAUCUGUCGCCUUCUCUGUGUCUGGACGUCUGCUCUUCGCGGGCUACGACGAUUUUGAAUGCAAGGUGUGGGACGUACUACGCGGCGAGAGAGUCGGCACUCUGCAAGGACACGACAACCGCGUGAGCUGCUUGGGAGUGAGCAACGACGCCAUGUCGUUAUGCACAGGCUCAUGGGAUUCCAUGCUCCGAAUCUGGGCAUGA